AUGGAGCAGCAAGCCCAGGAUGCCAUUAAAUCUUGUUCCAUCGACACUGAUGGAAAAGGAAUCAUUGCAUACAACUCAAUGAAGUGGUACAGUAGCAAUCCAAAAGCGUAUGCCGAUCCAUCCAUUCAAAUAAAUCGAACGCUUACAAAUUGGUGGGGAGAAGCGAGAGAAAACGGUGUUAAGUCGGGAAACAUAUAUACUGGAAUUCUGUACUCGUUUGCGAAUAUGGUUUUCUCCGAAACGACAAAAAUCGGUUGCGCUUACAAAGUCUGUCGCGGUAAAGGUACAACUCUAGCCAUUAUAUGCACAUAUAAUGAGAUCGCAUACUUCGACGGUAACCCAAUGUGGGAAACUGGUCAGCCUUGUAAGGUUGGCGCAGACUGCACCACUUUUGAAAAGUCUGGCUGCUCUGAUGGUCUCUGCACUAAAGGACCUCCAAUCCCAGGUGAAACAUGCGAAGUUUGAAU